AUGGGGUUACAGAACCAGCUGAACGACGUGUCGUCGGACUCCAUCCCACUCUUACUCAUCGCACUCAUCGCCAGCUUCAUCAACCACCUGUGCUCCUCCCUCUUCCGUCUCCUCCAUUUCCUGGGCCUCAGCAACCCAGGCCCAGGCCCAGACUACGACGAUGGCCUUCUCGCGGGCUCCACCGUGGGCUCGGGCCUCGCGGGCCUCGCGGUCCUUGCCGACCAGCUCGCCCUCAACCGCCACUUGUCCUACCGAUACGACCGCAACCGCCAUGACCAACAGAACGACGCCGUCGCGAGGUCACGGGAUUGCGAUUGCGUGGUGUGCUUGUCCACCUUAAGGGAUGGGGACCAGGUCCGUAUGCUCAACUGCCGCCACGUGUUCCACAAGAGCUGCUUCGACGGAUGGCUCGACCACCUCAACUUCAAUUGCCCUAUUUGCCGCUCUCCCCUCGUCCACCGUGACCUCGUCGCCCACACGCGCCGCCGCCUCGCCGCCGACCUCCUCCACUGGUUUUCUCUCCGCUGA